CUGAUUCCCAAACUACUCGAUUUUCUUUACCCGGUUUUUGAGCUGAGCUUCCCAUGUACAAGUUCUGAGAAGCCAUGGCGGACUCAGCAUCAUCUAUCACUAAAAAGAGUGGCCCCUCUUCGGAUUCGAAAAGUAACAGGGAUUAUUCCACUGCAAUCUUAGAACGUAAGAAGGCACCUAACCGUCUUGUUGUUGAUGAGGCUAUUAAUGAUGACAAUUCUGUGGUAACUUUGCAUCCUUCUACAAUGGAAAAGCUUCAGUUUUUCCGAGGGGACACUGUUCUAAUAAAGGGAAAGAAGCGAAGGGACACAGUUUGCAUUGUUCUUACUGAUGAGCAAUGUGAAGAAUCAAAAGUUAGGAUGAAUAAAGUUGUGCGGGCUAAUCUUAGAGUACGACUUGGAGAUGUGGUAUCUGUCAAUCAAUGUGCUGAUGUGAAAUAUGGGAAGCGGGUUCACAUUCUUCCAAUAGAUGAUACUAUAGAGGGUGUUACUGGCAACUUGUUUGAUGCAUAUCUCAAGCCAUACUUUCUGGAGGCCUACCGACCUGUGAGAAAAGGCGAUCUCUUUCUUAUAAGGGGUGGGAUGCGGAGUGUUGAAUUCAAAGUAAUAGAGACAGAUCCUGGUGAAUACUGUGUUGUGGCACCAGACACCGAAAUCUUCUGUGAAGGAGAACCCAUCAAACGUGAAGAUGAAGAAAGAUUAAAUGAAGUUGGCUAUGAUGAUGUAGGUGGAGUUAGGAAGCAAAUGGCUCAAAUCCGUGAGUUAGUAGAGCUUCCUCUUAGACACCCACAGCUCUUCAAAUCCAUCGGUGUUAAGCCUCCAAAAGGAAUCUUGCUUUAUGGACCACCUGGUUCUGGAAAGACUCUGAUUGCUAAAGCAGUAGCUAAUGAAACAGGAGCAUUCUUCUUUUUGAUUAAUGGACCUGAGAUAAUGUCAAAGCUGGCCGGUGAAAGUGAAAGCAACUUGAGGAAGGCAUUUGAGGAAGCUGAAAAGAAUUCCCCCUCUAUAAUUUUCAUUGAUGAAUUAGAUUCAAUUGCUCCAAAGAGAGAAAAGACACAUGGGGAAGUGGAAAGGAGAAUUGUCUCACAACUUUUGACUCUAAUGGAUGGCCUCAAGACCCGGUCACAUGUUAUUGUUAUAGGAGCCACCAAUAGACCCAACAGCGUUGAUCCUGCCUUGAGAAGAUUUGGGAGAUUUGAUCGGGAGAUUGACAUUGGUGUGCCAGAUGAAGUUGGAAGAUUGGAGGUUCUUAGGAUUCACACUAAAAAUAUGAAACUUGCAGAUGACGUUGAUCUUGAAAAAGUUGCUAGAGAUACACAUGGAUAUGUCGGUGCAGAUCUUGCUGCUCUUUGCACAGAGGCUGCACUACAGUGUAUUCGGGAGAAAAUGGAUGUCAUUGACUUGGAGGAUGAAACAAUUGAUGCUGAGGUGUUGAAUUCCAUGGCUGUGACAAAUGAUCACUUCCAAACUGCUUUAGGCGCUUCAAAUCCGUCAGCUUUGCGUGAAACAGUUGUGGAGGUUCCCAAUGUUUCCUGGGAUGAUAUUGGGGGUUUAGAGAAUGUUAAAAGGGAGCUUCAAGAGACUGUUCAAUAUCCAGUGGAGCACCCUGAGAAGUUUGAGAAAUUUGGCAUGUCACCUUCAAAAGGUGUUCUCUUCUACGGACCUCCUGGCUGUGGUAAAACACUUCUUGCGAAAGCAAUUGCUAAUGAAUGCCAGGCCAACUUUAUAAGUGUAAAAGGACCUGAGCUGCUAACAAUGUGGUUUGGUGAGAGUGAGGCAAAUGUGCGUGAAAUAUUUGACAAAGCCCGACAAUCAGCUCCAUGUGUUCUUUUCUUUGAUGAACUUGACUCUAUUGCAACCCAGCGUGGCAGUUCCACAGGAGAUGCUGGAGGUGCUGCAGAUAGGGUUUUGAACCAACUAUUAACAGAAAUGGAUGGAAUGUCAGCUAAGAAAACAGUUUUCAUUAUUGGGGCAACAAAUAGGCCUGACAUUAUAGACCCUGCUUUGCUCAGGCCCGGACGUCUGGACCAACUGAUAUAUAUCCCAUUGCCAGAUGAGGAUUCACGCCUUCAAAUCUUCAAAGCAUGUUUGAGGAAGUCGCCAGUCUCAAAGGAUGUUGACCUAACCGCCCUUGCCCGGUUUACUCAUGGAUUCAGCGGUGCAGACAUCACAGAAAUUUGUCAGAGAGCCUGCAAAUAUGCUAUCAGAGAAGAUAUCGAGAAGGGCAUUGAGAAGGAGAGGAGAAAGAGGGAGAACCCUGAAGCUAUGGAAGAGGAUGAGGAUGAAAUUGAUGAGGUUGCUGAGAUAAAGCCAGCACAUUUCGAGGAAUCCAUGAAGUUUGCUCGCAGAAGUGUCAGUGAUGCUGAUAUCAGGAAGUACCAACUCUUUGCUCAGACCUUGCAGCAGUCUCGUGGAUUUGGAUCGGAAUUUCGGUUUGCAGAUCGAACUGAGAACACUUCAACUGGAGCUGCGGACCCUUUCUCUUCUGCUGCUGCGGGAGACGAUGAUGAUCUAUACAGUUAAAAUUGAGUGAGCUGGGAAUGCAUUUGAUGUUUAAAACUUACCGAAACUUGUAUCACAUAUCACGAUAGUUACUGUUUUACUAAGGAACGGUGCUUCUGUUUCAUGUCUAAGGAGCACUCAUUGUGUGCCGCAUGCCUGUUUGUACGUGCUCUUUCAUGUAUAUACACAAACACAUGCACGCAUUUCAUGGAUGAAUAAAGAGGGGAUUUUAUUUAUGCUUA